AAUUUCCUACUGAGAAUGAAGGCAUCAGGAGAGCCGAGCUGAGAUUGGUGGAGAGCUGUAUUUGUCAGAGAGGCGUUCACAGCGGCAAACCAUUGGAGGAAAUCAGAUCAUCUAAAUAACUGCAGUGAGGACGUCGAAGCCUACACGAAGUGAAACAAGCCAACUUUUACGUGGAUCAGCUAUGGGGGGGCAGGCGUCUCAUCCGGAGGGAGUCCAUGUGGUGGUGGUGGGGGGAGGCUUCGGAGGAGUCGCAGCUGCUCAACAGCUCAGAUCCCAUGGGUUCAGCUUCACUCUGAUCGACAUGAGAGACGCUUUUCACCACAACGUGGCCGCGCUGCGAGCGGCUCUGCAGCCUGGCUUUGCUCCGAGGACCUUCAUCCCAUACGCAGAGACUUUUGGUGAGAACUUUGUUCAGGGUCGAGUGGAGCGAGUGGACCCGGACAGACAGAUGGUUGUCCUGCAGGGUGGGAGGGAAAUCCAGUACUCCCACCUUAUCCUGUGUACUGGGACGGAUGGACCGUUUCCAGGGAAGUUCAAUACAGUGGCGUCGUAUCACGUGGCCGUGCAGGCAUACGAAGAUUUCAUCCAGCAGGUCCAGGCUGCAGACUCAGUCCUGGUGGUCGGAGGAGGCUCGACUGGUGUGGAGAUGGCUGCCGAGAUCAAGACGGAGUAUCCGGACAAGAAGGUGCUUCUGAUCCACUCCAAAGCGGCACUAGCUGACCCAGAUCUGCUGCCCUGUGUCCGACAGCAGGCCAAAGAGGUUCUGCUGGAGAAAGGAGUGGAGCUUCUGCUAGGUCAGAAAGUGUCCAACCUGUCAGAACUGCAGUUGAACGUCGCUCAGAAGAACAUGAUAGUGUCCACUGACCAAGGACAAACGCUGACCACGGACCUGAUCGUCUGCUGCACCGGACUCCGGGUCAACACGGCCGCCUACGCCUCGAGCCUCGCCGGCAGCAUGGCCGACAAUGGGGCUCUGAAGGUCAACCAGCACCUACAGGUCCACGGUUUCAGUAACAUCUACGCCGUGGGGGAUUGCGCCAACGUCUCCGAGCCCAAGAUGGCGUACCACGCUGGGCUGCACGCUGCUGUCGCCGUUAGCAACAUCUCCAGUAGCCUGAGUGGAAAGCAGCUGACGUCCUAUCACACAGGUAACAUCACCAUGUUACUGGCAAUGGGCCGAGACGACGGUGUCGGUCAGUUCAAUGGGUUUAAGUUGCCCCGUUUCCUCGUGGCUCUCGGGAAGAGUCGGGAUCUGCUGCUGUGGAAAAGCUGGAGGGAGAUGAAGCAGCAGCAGCCCUGCACCCACACGGCUCCUAUAUCUGAGGACCAGCACUGAUCAGGCCUACACACAAACACGCCACACCUGUGAGGACCAGCACAACACCUCGAGCUGCUGGUUGCUAGGUAACACGACCAGUUCCCUUAAAGAUGAAAAGUUUUUUAGUUCACUGUGAGGUCAGGCUGUUCUACCCGUGCCGGUAGACCUUUAUGCAGUUAAUGAUAGAGUUACAUCGUUAAACUCCACUUCAGGCUGUUUUUGUUGUUUUUUUUUUUUUUCUUUUUUUAAACCUUUGUUCCAACAUCAUGUCUAGUUGAAGUGAGUCAUUUGAAGGAAGUCACAGAAUAAACUUUAUUUUUCCUCAAUAAAUAAAAUGUUUAUCAAAACCA